ACUACAAGCUGAAAUGUUCCAGGCAAGUGCUGCCACCUAGCAGCAUUUCCCGAAGAUAUCGCAGAGACGUGGAAAACGAAAUUUUACGCUGCUAGGUGGCGGUGGUGUGCCGAAGACGCUUUGGGGAUCUUUGGAAGGCUUGUUUGCUGUUCCGUGGAUUGACUAUUUAGAGAAGGUGAUGUCAUCUCCAGAAAAGAUGGCAGUAGAACCAGCUGAAGGUGGAGAUGAGAGUGGCCCUGCUUCUUCCCAGGAGAUCGGCUCUUCAGCUCAGGCAGCCAACCUGACUGAAGAGGCUGCAGCUGAGCCUGAGUCUACCACAGCCCAGAACCCAGCUCCUGCCCCUAAUCAGGAGGCCACCGCUACUCCUAUGGAGCAGGAUCCCCCAGCUGACAGCGCAGCCCAGCCGGCCACCGAGACCCAGCCCGGUAAAGUGGAGCAGGUGGCCGAUGAGCAGCCGGCGCCGCCCGCUGCCGAGGACCCGGCGCCGCCCGCUGCCGAGGACCCGGCGCCUCAGGUGGAGGUGGCGGAGCCGGUGACGGAGCCGGCCGCCAUCUCGGUACUGCCGCCCGACCAGGUCAGCCCGCCGGACCCCGCCGUCCUCACUAUGGCGGACUCUGAGGAGCCGCCGCCGCCCCCGCCGCCGGCCGAGCCGGUGCCGGUGAUCCCGCUGAACCGCACCGAGAUGCUGAAUGCGGUGCUGGCCGGCCGGCGCUCCACUACGGACAUCGCCCGGCUGCCCAACAAGCUGCAGCUGCCGCUGCCGCGAGAGGGCUUUAUGUGCGAACAGUGCGGCGAACGGUUCGUGCUGCCCUCCAGUCUGGCACUACACAAGAACCGACGCACCAUGGAGAUCGCCUUCAAGUGUAAAAUAACUGACAAAACGUGCAUCUUCUACAACAAGUGUCGAUUUAUCGAGCACCUGGACAGUCACGGUCUGGAAGCGUCGUCACUGGACCCCGAGUCGGUGGAUAUCUCGGCGCUGAGCGCCGCCGAGCUGAGCUCUCCGACUCGCGUGCUGCCGUCGCUCGGCGCCCGCCUCAUCACCGGGCCGCCGCGGCUAGUGCAGAUGGUGCACGCUGAGCCAGAGCGAAAGCCCCAAGACAUCAGCUGCCCUAUGUGCAACACGCUAUGCAACACGGACACCCUACGGGCGCACAUCUGCCCGUCCAGCUCGGAGGCCCUGGAGGCCGUACCCCCGCGCUGUCCCGAGUGCGCUCAGCCCUGCCCGUCCGAGUGUGCUCUGCUGGCGCACCACGGCCUGCACAAGCCCAACCUGUUCCCCUACCCUUACGUGUGCCCCGAGUGCGGUUUCAAGGUGUUGGGCUCGUACGAUGACUACCGGCGUCAUGUAGUAGCCGGCUGCCUGCACCUGACCCGCGACCUCAAAAUCUGCUGCUCCGUCUGCCUGAUCGAGGUGGGUGACGUCAAGCUGCACAUGCUGCAGACGCACGUCCAGAAACUCUACAAGUGUCGCAAGUGUCCGCUGGCUUUUGAGUCCAUCAACGGCUUCAACAGCCACGUCAACGUGAAGCACAAUGGUGAGACUAUGCACGGCGAUACGCCCUACAUGCCCAUUCUCAAGUGUCCGUUCUGUGCCGCCACCUUCAACCAUCCGAAGACGCUGCGUGAUCACCUGGCCUCCAAGAAGCACGGUGAUCGCGUGCUCGAGCAGAUUCGCUUCGUGUUCAGGUGUCCUGAGUGUGGCGUCGACUACGGGCGCAAAGAGCUACUCUCGGACCAUCUCGCCCAGAAACACCCAGAGUUUCAGAUUGCUGCGUUGGAAUCGCAGCACGAGUAUUCGUCGAUGGCGCCCUCGCCGCCGCCGGCGCCCACGCCGCCGCCCCCGCCGCCGCCGCCGCCAGCGCCGGUGGCGCCGGUCCAGGCCCCGGUGACCGCCACCAAGCAGGCAGUGUCGCGCCCUGCCGACGCGCUGCCGGUGCCGUUGCCUAAGAUAAAGCAAGAGCCGGGCCGUAAGCCGGUGGUGAUGCACCGGUGCCCGGUAUGCCAGGCCGAGUUCCGUCGUAAGGCCGCGCACACGGAGCACCUACGUGCCCAUAUCCAGGAGGGUGUGCCGCUCUGCCUGCUCUGCACUUCUGCCUUUGAGUCGCAGGAGCUGCUCAAGAAUCAUAUCGCUGAGCAUGCCGCUGAGAUUGGCAGCGAUCGGUGCGGCCUCUGUUAUGCCAAACUGGGCAGUCGUGACGCGUUACAGCUACAUCUGGAGACGGAGCACGACCUGCGCGACUUCACAUGUCCCUACUGUCAGCUGCAGUUCGCUGCGCUGAGUGACCUGCUCCGACACAACUUCGCCAAGCACCGCGGCGCCGCGCAGGGCCGACCGGCGCGGCCCAAGCCCCCGCAGCCGCCGGCGGCCGGCGACGCACCGGCCAUGGAUGACGAUGACGAUGAUGAUGUUCCGCUGAGUCAGAUGGCCAGUAAGAAGGCGCUGAUCCGUCGGGUGGCCGGGCCGCUGCCGGGUAUCACCAGCCUGCACGACCUGGACAGCGAGAAUUCCUCGGUGAGCGAGGAUGCCUCUGAGGGCCGGCGGCGGCGCAACGGCGGACGCGGCGGCAAGGGCGGCACCAAGCGGCCGCGGCCGGCCGGCGAGGACGGCCCGCCGCGCCUCAGUCGCGUCAAACGGUCGCGCUCGCCGAUCGAGGAGCAGCCGGCGGCGCCACAGCAGCAGCAGGCCGGCUACCGGUGCGUCUGCUGCGGUUUACAGACGGACGUGCGCGCCGACUUCGUGGCUCACGUGGCACUGCACCGGCAGGGCAGCCAGCACCAGUGUCCCGAGUGUGGCCAGUGCUACUCGACCAAACCGUCGCUGCUGAAACAUCUACUUCUGGUGCACCGUCUGCGUGAGCCUCCGCCAGAGGUGGCCGCCUCUGAACAGCAGCGCGAGAUCCAGCAGUGGGAGCAGCUGACCCGUGACCUGGAGCCCGGCCAGUGUCACGUGUGCCGCGCCCAGUGCGGAGACGAGGAACGGCUGCAGCGCCACCUGCGGAUGCACGGACGCGCCGCGCUGCGCGCCCACCAGCGCGACCAGGCUCGUCGGCAGCGACGCUCGCAGCCGGCCGCCGACGCCGACGCGGAGACGCUGGAGGCGAUCGCCAAUUUCGUGGCGGGUAGCGGCGACCCGCCGGCUGAGGAGGAGGACGGCGAGGAAGUCAUCGAGCUGGAGAUGAAGGACGGUGAGGUAACGCGCCGUCAGUUCCGUAAGGGCGUGCCCAUUGUCCACGAGGAGAGCAGUGACGAGGAGAUGGAGGUACCGGCGGCUGAUAACGGCCAGUCGGUCGCCGAGUCCGAUCAGCUCGCCGGGAAGGCCGCCCUGAUCUCAGCCAACGGGCACCCCGAGCAGCCGACCGUAGCCGACCCGCUGUCGGCCUGAGCGCCGCGCCGUGGGGCGGCAGUGAUGUGACUGCCAGAGACUGACGUGAAUGACAUCACACCGGUGGCAUCAGUGGGUGACGUGAGUGUGGAGAGCGCGCCGCGUCUGUCGGCGUUCAUUGUAUAAAGUCAUUCCUGGCGCGGCUGUCUGUGCGUUUGUUGAGGACGGCCCGGCGGCGGACCGUCCAGUGCCGUCUGUGUGUGGUCGCGGCGGCCGAGCGCGGUGUCCGGUCACCAGCGGGUGGCUCGCCGUGGCCCUGUACACCACCGGCCGCCGUGGUGGGGGCGUGUGACCGAGUGUGGGCGCGUGCCGGCGCUACUGCUUUUUCUCCCUCGCUGUAUCUCUCCGCUGUCGAUUUUAUCCACGCGGCUUGUUGGUUUACGUUGCGCCGAGGCGAUCGGCGCGGUGACGUCUGUUUUAGCGUGGUGUCGCACUGUGCAUAUAGCUCGACACGAUUCUAUUGGGAUAUGCAUCACCAGAAUUCUUGGAACGUACAAAGCACGUAGAUUCUGGAUUUCUUUGACCGGUUUUUAUGUCACUUUAACCAAUAUAUCUUUGUAAUCAA